UCUCCACCAUUUACAGUCUUUAGUGUUGCUGAUUCGGCUCAGUAAGAACUCAAACAUGGCUCAGCAGGAAUACAAAAUGCUCACUGACAGAAUGUUCACGUACAAAGGAACCGUCUUCGCUUUGGAAGAUAAUCAUGAUCUUACUUUAGAGUAUAUUGACAGUAUAGCGGAUUUUGAAACAAAGGACGAUGAUAUCUUUGUCGUUACCUUCCCGAAAUCUGGUACGGUAUGGACCCAGCGUAUCAUUACGCUAAUAUAUGCGGAAGAUUUCCCGGACCAAGCCAACCAACUCACAGCUGUGCAGAUGCCCUGGCUAGAGUAUCGGGUAAAAGGGACAAAUUACCACACACGUCCAUCUCCAAGACUCUUCUCCUCCCAUUUAACCCAGCCGCUGAUGCCCAAAAUGCUGCAAAGAAAAGGAAAAGUCAUCUAUGUCAUGAGAAACCCUAAAGACAUCAUGGUGUCGUAUUUCCAUUUUUCCAACAACAUGAAAAACCUGGAUUCCUUUGAGAACUUUGAUGAGAUGGUGGCAAAAUUCUUCACAGGGUUCAUGGCUGGUGGUUGUUGGUUUGACCAUGUUAAGGGAUGGAUCACAAAUAAAGACAAAUACAACAUCCUGAUCCUUACUUAUGAAGAAAUGAUCAAGGACCUCAGAGCCACUGUUGUAAAAAUCUGUGAUUUUGUGGGAAAAAAUCUGUCAGACGCAGCGAUCGAUAAAGUGGUGGAAGCAGCUACAUUCAAGCAAAUGAAGAAAGACCCCUUGGCCAACUAUGAAUGCCUUCCUUCAAAUGUCACGGACAAUCCAAAAGGACUUUUUAUGCGCAAAGGAACAGUUGGCGACUGGAAGAACUCUUUAACUGUGGCUCAGAGUGAAUGUUUUGACCGCGUCUACCAAGAAAGAAUGAAGGACGUACCUCUAAACAUGGUCUGGGACAUCUCAGAACUGCAUGGCUGAAAACUCAACCUGUGACAUCCAUUUUACAAACCAAUAAAGAUAAAACACUAUCGUAAUGAUAAAAGAAAGGUAUUAUAAUAUGUGAAUGAAUGCGUGUCUACACGACCAUAUAAAAACAGACAACAAUCAGAAAGUGAUAAGAAUAUUAUUGGCCUUCUGAACUUUUACUACAUUUCAACUUUGUUAUAAUUUGUUCUUAGAUUCACUUCAGUGGUCAUGAGAUAUAUAUAAAAAAAAUCUAUUUCAAACUA